CCACCUUACCUGCAGCCCACCAGUCCUGCCGCCCACCAGCCCAGCCAAUCACCAGCCCUACCGCCCACCAGCCCUGCAGCCCACCAGCCCUAGCUUCUUCCCAUCUCAGAACUUUUCCUCAGACCCGAGAAUGCUCUAGACUUGAACACAGGAAGAAAAGAUCAGUGGGCCUGGAGGAAGGACAUCUGGAUUCUGACCUCAGCUUGGCCACUAACUGUGUGGUCUUGGGCAAGCUCUCAAGAGAGCGUCAGUAAAUGCUGUAAAAUGGAGUCAUUUACCCUUUCUGCCUCCCCCUUGGAGUUGCGCUCAGGAGCCAAAGAAUAGUGAGGAGUUUGUAUAUGGAAACAGAUUCAAAGGGUUGACCAUGUAUAGGUUCAAGGUGAUGGCAGACAAACCUCUAAAGGAAUCGGAGGGGAAUGAUAACCCUGCCCAUCCUUGAACAUUAAUGACACACUGUGCUGAUUUUUCUUUUAUGAACAUUAGUGUUUUGCCUGCAUUUAUGUCUGUCUGAGAGUGUUGGAUCCCUUGGAACUGGAGUUACAGACAGUUGUGAGCUGCCACGUGGGUGCUGGGAAUUGAACUUGGGACCUUUGAAAGAGCAGCCAGUGCUGUUAACCUCAGAGCCAUCUCUCCAGCCCCCGUUGUGCUGAUUUUUAUUCUCACAUUGAUCUUAUGUGUCAAAACUAUUAUUAUUAUCCCUACUCAAAGAGAGGUUCAGAGACAUUAACUUGCGCAGUCAAGAUCAGACAAGUGAAUGAGGACGAAGUUCUGCCAAGGAGUGCUUUCCUGGCAUAGGCUGUAGCCCCAGCCCUGAGGUUUGAACCCAGAACCCAAAUGAGAAAUGAUUCUGCUGAGUUGAAAUAAACUCAAGCUAAAAAGUAUGGGAUAGAAGAGGCACCUAUUUUUCUUCGUUUGUUUACUUAUCAUUUAACAAACAGAAACAUAGUAUCUACUGUGCUUCAUCUCUAAGCCAGCUGCUGAUCCCCUUGGGAGAUUAAAUCAAUGAAACUUGAUGUGUUCCUUCAGGGCUGAAUCUCCUGUCCCAGGCAGCAAGGCAGGAAAGCUAUGGCUGUAGAUUCUGUAGCUCAUGACACCACCCCAGAUGGGACUGCUCUCUAGAUAGGCGACCUGCUUAUCUGUGGAGAUCUGUACUGGGCAGGCCCCCUGGGUUGCUAGCAUCUGCUCCUCUCCCAGGCCUCUGUCGCCUGACCUCUUCCCUUCCCUGUCCCCCCUCAGGGCACACAGACUCAAGCUCACUUGAAGGCCCAGCACCUGCUUGUCUUCACCCUUGGAGUACUACCCGCUUGGCUCAGUCCUGGGGCUAGUGGGGAGAGCUUGGCGCCUUCCCAGAGGCAGGGGAGGAGGGAGGCUGGGAACACAGGCUGGGCCUUGGUGUCGCAAUUCCGGGCCGUGCCGGGACCUUUGCUCUGCGAGGACAGUGUCUUGGUAAUGUCCAGGGCUCCAGGAAGAGAUGUCCUUGUGGCUGGAGGCUCCAGGACCUGGUGUUUGUCCUGACUCUGCAACGGAAUUAUGGAAGACAGAAACCCAAGAUGCAAGAGACCAGGGAGGCAGCAGCUGCAUCGUCAGGGAGGAAGCUAGGAUGGCCCAGUCUGCUGGAAGUGCUUUGAGGAUGGGGUUGGAGGCAGCAGAGCCCACAGCCCUGCUCCCCAGGGCAGAGACCUUUACAGAGCCUACAGAGCUUCGUCCACAAAAGCGGAAAAAGGGGCCAGCUCCCAAAAUGCUGGGGAAUGAGCUGUGCAGUGUAUGCGGGGACAAGGCCUCUGGCUUCCAUUACAACGUGCUGAGCUGCGAGGGCUGCAAGGGGUUCUUCCGCCGCAGUGUCAUCAAGGGAGCACGCUACGUUUGCCACAGCGGUGGCCACUGCCCCAUGGACACCUACAUGCGGAGGAAAUGCCAGGAGUGUCGGCUGCGUAAAUGCCUCCAGGCGGGCAUGCGGGAGGAGUGUGUCUUGUCAGAAGAACAGAUCCGCUUGAAGAAACUGAAGCGGCAAGAAGAAGAGCAGACUCAAGCCACGUCAGUGUCCCCCAGGGUUUCCUCAGCUCCCCAAGUCCUGCCACAGCUCAGCCCGGAGCAACUGGGCAUGAUUGAGAAGCUGGUUGCUGCCCAGCAACAGUGCAACAGACGCUCCUUUUCUGACCGACUGCGAGUCACGCCUUGGCCCGUCACACCUGACCCUCAGAGCCGGGAAGCCCGACAACAGCGCUUUGCCCAUUUUACUGAGCUGGCCAUCGUGUCUGUGCAGGAGAUCGUUGACUUUGCCAAACAGCUCCCUGGCUUCCUGCAGCUCAGCAGGGAGGACCAGAUCGCCUUGCUGAAGACCUCUGCGAUUGAGGUGAUGCUUCUGGAGACGUCACGGAGGUACAACCCUGGGAGCGAGAGCAUCACCUUCCUCAAGGACUUCAGUUAUAACCGGGAAGACUUUGCCAAAGCAGGGCUUCAGGUGGAGUUCAUCAAUCCCAUCUUUGAGUUCUCCCGAGCUAUGAACGAACUGCAGCUCAACGAUGCCGAGUUUGCCUUGCUCAUCGCCAUCAGCAUCUUCUCUGCAGACCGGCCCAACGUGCAGGACCAGCUCCAGGUAGAGAGGCUGCAACACACGUAUGUGGAGGCCCUGCAUGCCUAUGUCUCCAUCAACCACCCCCACGACCGACUGAUGUUCCCACGGAUGCUAAUGAAGUUGGUGAGCCUCCGGACCUUGAGCAGCGUCCACUCAGAGCAAGUGUUUGCACUUCGGCUGCAGGACAAAAAGCUUCCCCCGCUGCUGUCUGAGAUCUGGGAUGUCCACGAAUGACGGUUCUUCCUCCAGGUCCUCUGUGCUUUGGGACACACGACUGAGGCUUACGGACUGCUUCCUAGAGGUGGAGCAGACUGAGAAGGGCGAACCUUCCUGGGAGCUGGGUGAAGGAGAUCCUUGCAUGGCAUUAAAGGAGAGUCAAAGGGUUGGGUGUUGUGUGGCUGCUGGGCAGUUGGGGACCUACUAUCGUAGUGCACAUCUGAAGACCUUAUUGACCCAACCAAAUAAACUAGCCAGGAAGGCCCCUUUGCACAGGGUUCUUCAGGGCCCUGCCCA